AAACCCUUAUUCCUGUUUCCUUAGUAAACUUCACCUUAUCUUCUUACUCACACUCUCUUCAAACUCAAAACUACUCAAAAAAUGCCCACCCAAGAAGACCAACUUCAACAGCAACAGCAGCAACAAGAAGAAGAAGAAGAAGAAGAAAAUGAGGACCAAGAAGAAGAAGAAGACGAUGAAGAAGAAGAAGAGCCCCCAAUUGAGCCAGAAUCCUCGUCCGAGACUUCCGACGACGAAGUCAUCGGCGAGGACGACUACUACGUCACUGAUAAUGAGGACGAACCGCUAACCUACGUCCGACCCGGCGACGAGCCGCCUGCAUCCGACAACACAGCCGAAACCAACAUUCGCCGCUUUACGAGGCUCCUCAACAGCAAAAGAGUCAGAGAAGAACUGGAAGAAGAGGAGCAAAACUAUGUUACCAUCGAAGACCUUUAUAAUUUUCCCGAAGAUCCGGAGAAUUGGAAGGAGGAAGAUUUGAAAGAGCUGUGGGCGGAUGCUCCGUUGAAAAUGACCAAACCGGGGUGGGACCCGGUUUGGGCUGACGAGGAUGAUUGGGAAGUGGUUAGGGAGGAGAUUGAGGCGGGACGGGACCCGCCUAUUGCCCCGUUUUAUUUGCCCUAUAGGAAACACUACCCGGCAAUACCCGAUAAUCAUUAUGAUAUAUCCAAUCCCAAGGCUGUGGUCGAGGAAUUGGAUCGGAUUGAGGAGUUUCUCACUUGGGUCAGCUACAUUUUCGCUGAUGGAAGCUCGUAUGAAGGCACCGUCUGGGAUGACUUGGCUCAUGGAAAAGGUGUUUAUAUUGCUGAGCAAGGUUUAGUCAGGUAUGAAGGUGAAUGGCUUCAGAACAAUAUGGAUGGCCAUGGUGUUGUUGAAGUUGACAUUCCUGAUAUAGAACCUGUGCCAGGUUCCAAGCUUGAAGCAAAGAUGCGUGCUGAAGGAAAAAUUAUAUCAAGAGAUUUUAUGUCCCUAGAAGACAAAAAAUGGCUGGAGAUGGAUAUUGAAGAUAGCAUUCGUUUGGCUGACGGCCGCUAUGAAAUUCCUUUUUAUGAAAAUGACGAGUGGAUUAAACAAUUUGGGAGGAAACCCGAGAAAGGUCGAUACCGCUAUGCUGGUCAGUGGAAGCUUGGAAGAAUGCAUGGGUGUGGUCUAUAUGAAGUCAACGAGAACCCCAUUUCUGGCAGGUUCUACUUUGGGGAGCUACUGGAGGACUCCGAAGGUUGUGAUGAAGAGAAUGUUGCGCUGCAUGCAGGUCUUGCAGAAGUAGCUGCAGCUAAAGCUAGGAUGUUUGUUAACAAACCAGAUGGAAUGGUUAGAGAAGAGAGGGGUCCAUAUAGCGAUCCUCAACAUCCCUAUUUCUAUGAAGAAGAAGAUGUGUGGAUGGCACCAGGCUUCAUUAACCAGUUCUAUGAAGUACCUGAUUAUUGGAAAACAUAUGUUCAUGAGAUUGAUCAGGAGAGAGAAAUAUGGUUAAACUCUUUUUAUAAAUCCCCAUUUAGGAUACCUAUGCCUGCAGAGCUUGAAUACUGGUGGGAGAAAGAGGAGCCUCCCGAAUUUAUCUUGGUUAACAAGGAACCAGAGCCUGAUCCCGAAGAUCCAUCGAAGUUUAUAUAUACUGAGGAUCCCCUCAUCCUACAUACACCAACUGGUCGAUUAAUUAAUUAUAUUGAAGAUGAGAAAUAUGGAGUACGAUUAUUUUGGCAGCCACCUUUGAAAGAAGGGGAAGAUAUAGAUUCCAAGGAGAUUGAGUUUCUGCCACUUGGUUUUGAUGAGUUUUAUGGACGACAACCGGCUGAGGAGAAAAAAACCAUGUGGCAGCGUGUUGUAAUGGCCAUAGAAAAGGUAUUUAAGCCAGUGCUUGAUAAAUUAGAGAAUUGGACUGAAGAGCAGAAGAAAGUGAGUGAGUUGAAGAUGCAGCUUUAUGAAAAAGAACUUGAUCUUAUUGAGGCUGAAUUGUGUCUGGAAGAGGCGAUUGAGGACUUGGAUGAGGAUUUGAAGAAAAGAGAGGAAGAGGAAGAGAAGAAGGUGGAUACAGGUUUGGAGGAAGAAGAUACUUCUGCUUUGCCUAGCCAAGCUGAGAAGGUUAUAGGUGAAGAAAAGGUAGAAGUGGGUGAGGGUGAGGAUGAGGAUGAGGAAGAAGAAGAAGAGGAGGAGGAGGAGGAUAAUACACCAUCCAGUUUUGGAUCUGUUACUGGAGAUCAGGAUUCAUCAAAGAAUGACCAGACGGGGAAAAAAUCUGGGGAAUCUCCCUUUUCAUCGUUAUCAUUGUCAUUUGCUUCUCGUAGCCUUGUUUCAUCGGUUCCAUCUAGGCUGCAACAAUCAUUCUUAUUGUGGAAGGAAGGCAGAUUGCUGCCAAAACCAACCACUCCAUGCAUCCAGGACCACAAGUACCACCCGGUACCAGUUGAUACAGUCCAUUUUCCUUCAGUUCUGAGCCAUAAAGGGAGUUUGAAGGCAAUGAUUCAAGCACACCAGAAAUUCCAACCAAGAAACCGCUCAAAUGGGAGAUCUCAUCUACAUUCAGCGUCUGUUGGCCCCAAAAGAGUGGUAAAAGCAGCAAGAGCACACACCCACAGUUGGCUGCAUGCAGCACCAGAUUUAGAUGUCGACCAAAUAUUAUCUUUGCACACACCAAUAUAUUUUUUUAAAUCAUAUACAGAUACUACAAGUAUUGAGGCUCAUUCUUCCCUUUAACAAUGUGAUGUAACUUGAUUUUUUUGAAGAGGAUCAGUUUUGUUGUAGCAGCAACUCAUUGUCGGCCAUUUUGUUUUUAUGUACUUUUAGCUCUGCCUGGAUUAACCUGGGCUAAUAAAAUGCAGAAUUAGAAUUUGCUUCGAGUUUGG